UCGGAAGAAGUCGGAUGCGUCCUCAAACAUCAUGGCCGACAACGGGGAAGAACUAGUCGUAAACGGAAAACCAGUCAGCUUAUUAAGAGUCUUAGACUUAAAACAAGAGCUUAAAAAACGGGGAUUGUCAAACAGUGGAUCCAAAAAUCAACUUUUAAUACGUUUGAAAGCGCAAUUGGCUUUAGAAAAACUACAGCAAGCACCACCUACUGAAGGAUUACCAAAUCAGUCUAUUACUUCAGAUGAAAAUGUUGGAUCUAACUCAUUUAUACAACAAUAUUUGAAACAACAACAGGAGUUAUUAAAUCAGAGGGGUGCCUUGCAUGAUGCUUCUGAACUUAAACAUAAAGGUGAAUCUGAGGUUCCUUCUGCCUUGACGGAUGAAGUAGAAGAACUCAAUAAAUCAUUGAGUAGAAGUGCUUCUGAAGAAGGCCAGAACACAGAAACAGAUUCUCCAAAACCAGUUGCAGAGGAAGUAGAUAUGAAUGUCAACAACGAAGUCCAAGAGAGAAGAGAAACAGAUAAGAAGGAGCCUAUGAAAGAUGAAGGCAAGGAAGUUGAAGAAGAACAUCAAGCACCUGUUGCAGAACCUCAGACUACAGUUCUACAACAGAUCAACCCAGUUAUAGGACAGGAAUACCCCAUUGUAGUACUGAAACCUCUAGUUGUUGAACAGAAAGCCACAGUUGAAGAACAGAAAGAUGAUGCUACUCCCAGACGUCGGCGUCUUGAUCGAGGAUUUAGUUCUCGAGAUUCUGCAGAGAAAAAAGAGACAGAGAGGACACGGCGAAAGUCAAGUCGUGAUAGAAGAUCCCAGGACCUAGAAGAUCAUGAUAAAAAGCAAAGGUCAUCAGUAGAGACGGCACACGAUGAAGAGAAUGUAGAUGCUGCAAAAGAAGUCCCAGAAACACAAGAAAGGAUGGGUAAAGAUAUUGAGCAAGCAAUUCAACUACAAGAACCCGAGGUUGCUACUAAAGAUGAAGAGGUGACAAAGGUUUCAGAUCAAGUUAAGGAAAAGGAAAACAAGUCAGAAAUUAAGGAGGACAUGGGUGAAAAGGAUCUGAAUAAAAAGGACCUGGAUGAAAAGAAACCAGACAAAACUGAACAAUCCUCAGUACAUUCUUCUGAGCAGGAAGUGGUGCCAAAGGAAGACAAAGAACAAAAGGUAGGACAACAAUCAGAGAUGGAAGAAGCAAGUCAAGAGAAAAAAGCCUUACGCAAGCCAUUUAAAAAGAAUAAUACCAGUAGUUCAAGUAGCCAGUCCUCUGAAGUUCCUUCUGAGCAGAAAGAAUUACCAAAGGAAGAUAAAGAACAAAAGGUAGGACAAGAAUCAGAGAUGGAAGAAGCAAGUCAAGAGAAAAAAGCCUUGCGCAAGCCAUUUAAAAAGAAUAGUACCAGUAGCUCAAGUAGCCAGUCCUCUGAAGUUCCUUCUGAGCAGAAAGAAUUACCAAAGGAAGAUAAAGAACAAAAGGUAGGGCAAGAAUCAGAGAUAGAAGAAGCAAGUCAAGAGAAAAAAGCCUUGCGCAAACCAUUUAAAAAGAAUAAUAUCAGUAGCUCAAGUAGCCAGUCCUCUGAAGUUCCUUUUGAGCAGAAAGUAUUACCAAAGGAAGAAAAAGAACAAAAGGUAGAACAAGAAUCAGAGAAGGAAGAAGCAAGUCAAAAAAAGAAAGAAUUACGUAAACCAUUAAAAAAAAAUAUUAGCAGUAACUCAAGUAGCCAGUCCUCAUCAUCCUCCUCGUCGCCCUCUUCGUCAUCAUCAUCAUCAUCAACCUCAUCUUCAUCAGAUGGAUCUAGAGCCAGUUCACCAACUCCAAAGAAAUGGAAUGAUCAGGCUGAAGAAGUUGACCAAACUAAGAAAAUCUUGGAGGAAACCAAAGAAAAAUUGGUUGGAAAAAAAGAGAAGGAAGAAUCAGUUGCCAAGGAACAGAAGAUGGAAAAUGCAAAAGAAGUUGAUGAGAAGGAUAAACCAAAAAUAGAGGGCAGUGGAGAGAGCAAAGUGGAAGCAGAUAAAGAAGUUCCUAUGGAGACAGAUGAACCAGAAAAAACUCCGGAUCCGAGUGAGGUGGCAUCGUCCAAGUCUAAGGUAGAAGAAGGGCAAAUCAAAGAUGACGUGGAAGAACAACAAUCGCAGGAAGCCGAACAACCCAAGGAGGAUGAAAAGCCAACUAAGGUUCUUAAGGUAAUCAAGAAGGAAGUAAAGGAAUAUAAACCAAUUAAAACGAAACGUAUUUCAUUACACGCAUCUAAAAGCAAGGAAGAUGCUAAAGAAGUUGGAGAGACAGCAGUUGGUCCUAGGAAACGAAGAUGGGGAUCGACCCGUAGCAAGACAGAUACUCCAUCUAAAACUAGCGUUAAUAUUAGCACUGAUAUGUUGAAAGAAAUUAUGCCAGAGAUUGUAACAACUCCAGAGAGUAUAGCAAUCGACAUCUAUGAAGAACAAGAUGAUUUAGAUAUUGAAAAAACGGCUCAGCAACCAGAGGAAACACCAGCCAAGUUAAGGAGGGUCAUAACACAAGAUGUUACCAAGGAUAACGAGGAUGAAAUGACAGAUGAGAAUAAAGCAGAAAAGGCAAAAGAAAAGCAGAAUGCAAGGCAACCAAAGACAAAGAAAGAGGAAGCUGACGAGGAUGAAGAAGAUUCAAGUGAUUCAGAUGAUGACAGUGAUAGUUCAGAUGAUGAUGAUGAUGAUGAAGAAGAAGAAAGUGAUGAUGAGAAUAAGGAUGGAAAAAAGGAAAAGAAAUCUGAUUCAGAAAAGGAAGAUAGUACCAAAGUAAAAGUAAAACCAGAAACAAAAGAGAAUGAACCUCCUUCAAAACCCACUAUCCGACCUCCAGUCCGAGUAUCUAUAGAUGAACCUAUUACAGUCAACAGCAAACAGACGCCCUCUCGUAGGCCUCGUAGUGAGAUCAUCCACAUUCGUAACUUAGUGCGACCAUACACCAUCAACCAGCUGAAGGAGCUCUUGCAGAGGACUGGAAAAUUAGUAGAGAAUGGCUUCUGGAUUGAUAACAUUAAAUCACAUUGUUUUGCUACUUAUGGCAGUAAAGACGAGGCUGAGGCUGCACGUGAGGCCCUGCAUGGUAAGAAGUGGCCAAGCAGUAAUCCAAAAGUCUUGCAUGUGGAGUAUGCUGCAGAGAAUGAGUUACUGAGAAGCAAAGGAGUACAAAUUACCAAACCUCUUGAAAGGGAUGUCAAACAAGAAACCGAGAAAAGAGAUGCAAGACAGCAACGCGAGAAAGAGAGACAAGAAAGACUGAAAGAGAGGGAAAGUAGGGAUAGAAAGAGAGAUAUCUCAACGAGGGAUGGCAGACAGGAAGAACGUCCGAGAAGAAGUACAUCACGUGAUCGAAGAAGGCGGGAACGAUCAGUAGAAAGAAGUGUUAAACAUAAAGUAAAAUCACCAGAACCAGAAGAACCACCUGCGAAGCUUCUGGAUGAUCUUUUCCGCAAAACUAAAGCAACACCUUGUAUUUAUUGGUUACCAUUAACACCUGAACAGAUGGAACUAAAAGAGAAAGAGAGAAAUCAACGGAAACAAGAAAGAGAAGAAAGGCUGAAAAAGAUGCAGGAAAAAGAUGCAGAAGAGAGGAGACAGCAAGAAUUACGAAUAGAGAGAAGGAGGCGGGAACAGGAAAGAGAAAGAGAACACCGUCGCAGUUUAAAUAGAUCAGGGGGAAGUAGAAGGAGCAGGAGUCGUAGUAAAGGACGAAGACGUUAAACUUUAUAAGGUGACCAGUAAGCAGCAUUCUGGAAUAUGGAUUGUCUAUCUUGUAAAUAUUAGUAGUAAACAUGUUGUGAUGUUUGUGUCACCAGGGUUUUCCCUGCUUUUAACCUCAUUUUAACAAUUAUUAUUAGUCAGUAAUUUGUUUUUAUAAUUUUCAGUGGGAAAAUUGAUGAGUUUUGUAUGUAAUUAGAGGGAAUGUGAUUAGAGGGCGAUGAAAUUAUUCCUAUAUUAUAAUUGUUGUCUAGUUUAGUGUAUGAUUUCAUUACAUUAAUCUGGACAGUUGGGUCACUGGAGGACACAUUGUGGAGGUCAAUAAAUAAUCAAAUAAUUCAAGAGGAAGUAAAGUGAAGGCAUUGUUUUUAUUAGUUUUUUUUUGGUAUAGAUUACACCAAAAUUAUAUAAGGAAAAUUUUAAAAUGUCAAUUUUUGCUAGAUAUCUUUUUAAAAAUUCUAGUAAAUGUGUUCCAGCAUCCAUUGAUAAUGUCGCAAAAUUCUACAUUAAAAUUAAUUCAAUGGUAACAAAACUGUUAACAAAUUUCAUUACUCUCAGCAAGUUUCAUUGUUGGUACACAACAUUUUAUAAUUCAUUUAAAAUGAUUAGGUACCAAUACAUGUAGUUCCUUGUCAUAAAACAUCUAUUGGGAAAUACGAGAGAUUUGCUAUGCUUUUGGAUAUAUUUGGUAAUUUUUAUAGAUAAUUUUAAAAGUAAACAGUGGGGUUUGUUUUUUGAAUAAAGUGAUUUGAAAUAGUACAUAAAUUUGAA